CCAGCAGCGAGCAGAGCCCAGAAGGCCUCGCCGCCGUCGCCCCGUCCCGGACAACCACCUCUGCACAUCGGUCGCCGGCCGCGGGGAGACGCCAGCGCUGUACGAGCCGGGCAGCCACACGCGGAUCCAGCGCGGGUUCGGAGUCGCCCUCGCCUCCGCCCGCGAACCAGCUCCGACGCCUCAACCUCGGCUCCUCGUCGCAGCUCGCCGUCUUCCACGCCAAGGUCGACGAGAUCUCGCUCCUCGCCGUCAGCACCGCCACAGUCCACAGGCGUCAGCCCCACGAGCGCUAUAUUUUUAGAUGAAGCACAUAUUCAAGAUCAUCGCGGUGCUGGCGGCAAUCUCCGCCGUCUGGGUUGCGCUCCUUGAAACCUCGACAGUCCCUCGCAGUUUUACUUGGUUGCUUCCCAUCUACUUGGUAGUGGCGCUUGGAUGUUAUGGCCUUUUUAUGGUUGGAUAUGGGCUCAUGUUCUUCCCAACCUGCCCUCAAGAAGCGGUAUUACUACAGCAGGAUAUCAUGGAGGCAAAGGAUUUCCUAUCAAAAAGAGGUGUUGAUGUGAGCUCUGAUUGAGGUCAAUACCAAUGAUUUAUGUUUCGUGACCAGUUUGAAGCUUCCUGGAUACCGUAUAGAAAAAAUUAUGACAUUUCACUGUGUCUAGAUAUUUGUUACUAAUGCAGUCUUUGUGAGUGGCGUGUUACAGUUCUACAUUUUGUUAGUUCAGUGGAUGGUUUGUCAGGAUAUUAGUUAUGUCAGGAAAACAGUGUGAGAAUAGCUAAAUAGCUAAUUAAUGGUUUGUUAACAAAUCCAUCAAUGUUCAGACAUGUUUGCUAUUUAACAAUCUGGUUUUCAUCA